CCCCAGGAGCUGGAGCUGCUGGACGACACCAACACCAUCUUCAAGCUGCUGGGCCCGGUGCUGGUGAGGCAGGACAUGGAGGACGCCCGCGUCACCGUGGCCAAACGGCUGGAAUACAUCACAGGAGAGAUCAAACGCUACGAGCAGCAGAUGCAGGAGAUGGAGAAGAGGUCGGAGCAGCAGAGGGAGGUGCUGGCGAGGCUGCAGCAGGAAUUCCAGAGGGCGCAGGGCAAGGCUUGAGCCCCCCCUGCACCCUGCUUUGGGGUCCUGAUGGCCGGAGACCCCCCCCAAAAAAAUAUAUCCCCGUGGGACCCCCAAUGAAAUCCCCAUGGACGCUCGAUAAAAGGCAGCGGCUGGUUUUGUGGGGGGGGUCGUGGGGGAAAAUGGGGGUGGAGAGAAACAUUGGGACCCCCAGGAAAUCCCUGUGGAACCCCAUGGAAUUCCGAGGAACCCCAUAAAAUCCAGUGGAACACCAUCAAGUCCAGUGGAACACCA